GUUCGGGCUCUGAGCCGGCCUGGCAGCUGGGGGGGAACCCCUGGCCCUGCCCCAUAGCGCCCCCGUUUGGGCUCUGACCCUGCCUGGCAGCUGCGGGGGGGAACCCCUGGCCCUGCCCCAUAGCGCCCCCGUUUGGGCUCUGACCCUGCCUGGCAGCUGCGGGGGGGGAGCCCCUGGCCCUGCCCCAUGGCGCCCUGUUUGGGCUGUGACCCGGUCGGGCAGCUGGGGGGGGGGGGAUCCCCUGGCCCUGCCCCAUAGCGCCCCGUUUGGGCUGUGACCCGGUCUGGCAGCUGGGGGGGGGAACCCCUGGCCCUGCCCCAUAGCGCCCCGUUCGGGCUCUGAGCCGGCCUGGCAGCUGGGGGGGGGGAACCCCUGGCCCUGCCCCAUAGCGCCCCCGUUUGGGCUCUGACCCUGCCUGGCAGCUGGGGGGGGGGAGCCCCUGGCCCUGCCCCAUAGCGCCCCGUUUGGGCUGUGACCCGGUCGGGCAGCUGGGGGGGGGGCCCCUGGCCCUGCCCCAUAGCGCCCCGUUUGGGCUGUGACCCGGUCUGGCAGCUGGGGGGGGGAGCCCUUGGCCCUGCCCCAUAGCGCCUCGUUUGGACUGUGACCUGGCCUGGCAGCUGGGGGGGGGGGGGGGGGCUCCUGGCCCUGCCCCAUAGCGCCCCGUUUGGGCUGUGACUCGGCCUGGCAGCUGGGGGGGCAGAGUGAGCUCCUGGCCCUGCCCCAUAGCGCCCUGUUUGGGCUGUGACCCGGCCUGGCAGUAGGGGGGAGCCCCUGGCCCUGCCCCAUAGCGCCCCGCUUGGGCUGUGACCAGGCCCAGCAGUUGGGGACUGAACCCACAGGCAUGCUUGGGGUGGUUCUGUCUCCCUGCACCGUCUAGAUGGUGGGUCUAGUGACCCAUUGGAUCUCAGACAAAAGAACCCCGGUCUGUACUGGGCAGGGAAACCCCAUAUUUACCCACAGCUCUUGCUAGUGCUCAGCCAACAGCGCCAGUGGGUAGGGCCCUGCCCUGCACCUGAGCUGUUCCGGGUGGUAAAGGCAGGAAGCUUGGCCAGCCCAUGUCCGUGGAAGCAGACGGGGACACAGUGGUGAGAGCCCCCAAGGGUGUGAACGCUCUGGGCUGUGCCAGUCGUGCUCUGGGGCCUGGUUCUCCUUUACGCCCCAGGUAGUUCUUUGUGCCAGUUCACAGAGGGUGCCGAGCGCCACCCGGUCACGAUGAGGGAGUUUGCCCUGGCUUAAAUGGCUGCACAGGGCGAUGAGGAAUCAGGUGCCCUUUGUGCCAGCGAGGUUGAUGCCAAGGGGCUGUGCCAGGCAGGCGUCAGCCCCUGGGGAAUAGCCCUGGCCUUUACACCUCGUCUGCAGCAGCUCUGGGCACAGGGGCCAUCCUGGGCAGAAGGGCUAGAGGAAGGGAGCAGAUGGGGGUGGGAUGAGGUGGAGCUGGAUCUGCACCUUGGUGAUUCUGCACCCCUGCAAACCCCAUAGGGCUCAUUGAGGUAGGGGCACAAUGACAGGCAGCUCUUGGGGCCCUGCUUCCCUCAUACCUUGAGUAGGGGAGGCUGCAGCUUCUUGGGCCAGGUGCAGGGAGGGAUCUGAUCCAAAGACGGAGAAUUAGGACGAACCUCUGGAGCAGGGGAGCUGAAUGGCAGGUGCCAGAUGGAGUGAGGCAGUGACGGCUCUGCCAAUUGCUUUGUUUCCAUCAGCUGUUGGCGCAAGAUGACCCAUAGCACGUACUGAACCCUUGGAAGAUUGGGUGUGCUCCAGGCUGGAUUUGCCUCUGGGAGUUUCUCUUCCUCCCCUGGGGCCUGGUGUCUCCCUGCCGCACUGCAAUCUGCCCAAGGCCAGUGGGAAUGGCCUGUUGCGGUGAUCCUUGGAAUUCCAGCAGCAGGGUUGCAUCUGGCUGUGUGCACCCGCCCAGGUGUGUCGUGGCUUCGGAGAGCGGUGCUGGCUCUCUGUGACUUGCAAAGCUUUGCCUGCUUGUUCUCCCAUCAGUGGGAAGAAUGGGCUCGGUUUCGGAGCUGCUCACGGCAGUUCCCCUUCACCAGAGGCCGGAUCUGGUGGAGGUCUGCGCGGAGCUCAUCAACGAAGAGUGGAAGAAAAGCAAGACCUCUCGCAUGUACUCACUCCAGAAGUCCACAGACAACUUCCCCAUGUGUCUGGUGCUGAUUAGAACCCAGAGGGCCACAGAGGCUGCUGAGGAAGGGAAGACGGCAAAGACCCAGCUCCUUGGGCACGCCAGGUUGUCCCGUGUUGUCAGCCAGCCCGAGAGCUUGUUUGUGGAAACGGUUGUGGUCUCCAGGGCGCUGCGGGGCCAGGGGUAUGGCCGGAAGCUGAUGGAAGCCACCGAGAGCUACGCCAAGUCCCGUGGCUUCAGGCACCUGCAUCUCACCACACAUGACAAGCAGCACUUCUAUGCCCACUUGGGCUACACUGCAUCUGAGCCGGUGCAGAGCAUGGGGUUCAUGAGCUCCGUGGUCCCCAUGGAGUUCCUGCAGAUGUUCUCCAGCCCCCAUCCUCACACUAGAGCACCUGCUUGGGGACCGGGAAAGCCCAGUCCCACCGCCUCCCAUCUUAACAGCAGAACUUCAGGAGCCAACCCACCUCCACUACCGUCCUCCACACCCCCUGCCCACUGCACUGCCACUGUGUGCCCACCACCACCUCUGCCACCAUUGCCGCCAUCUCUGUCUCCACCGAUCUGCUCUUUAAACUCCUCACAAUCUGCCAUUCCCCCUCCACUCCCCUUACCACCUUCACCUCCCCAUGCUUCCCCUUUCCAUUGCAGGAUCGCUGCUGCGGGGCUGCCUCCACCUCCCCCUUUACCUCCACCAGCUGCCCAUGUAAGCUCUGCACACCUUCUGUCCCCUCCCCCUGGUCCUCCACCAUGCCACCUCCCUCUGUUAGGCCAACCAGUUUUUCCUGGCCCCAUCGCCUCCAGUUCACCAGGGGAGGAUCCCUAUGGUCAGACCCUGCUGGAGACACCGUACCGCGACCUCAGAGGGCUCCCCAUCUUCUGGAUGAAGAAGGACAUUUGAUUCCUGCACAGUGUGCUAAUGGGAUGCUGAUUAAAAGUUGGGGUUGGGGAGAACUCCCCUGCCCCCGCCUUACCCACUG